AUGCUUAGGGACGGCUUUGUCUACUUUAACGCUUUAAAGAACAAACAAUUGCGAUGGAAGAAUGGAAUCAUCCCCUACGAAAUGGAUCCAGCGUUCUCUGACUAUGAGACGAAACUGUUGGAACAGGCAUUCGCUAGCUACCAUAAAAGUACCUGCAUACGUUUCCAGAAAAGAAAUGGCGAAAAAGAUUUUCUAAAUAUUGUAAAAGGAGUUGGGUGCUACUCGCAAGUAGGACGAACAGGUGGAAAGCAGGAGAUAUCAUUGGGCAGGGGAUGUCUCUUUCAUGAGAUCAUCGUUCAUGAACUCAUGCAUUCUGUGGGAUUUUGGCAUGAGCACAGUCGAGCAGAUCGGGACGAACAUAUUAACAUCCUUUGGGAAAAUAUUCUCCCUGGCAUGGCUUCCCAAUUCGACAAAAUCUCAGCAGCUUUGCAGGAUACCCAAGGUGAAAAAUAUGACUAUCGAUCCAUUAUGCAUUACGACUCGACAGCAUUUUCUCGUAAUGGUAAAAAUACUAUUGAACCAGUGGAAGAGGGAUUCACUGAUGUGAUUGGCAGUGCUAAUGAUCUUUCGCAAUUGGAUAUUGUUAAAAUCAAUAAAUUAUAUCAGUGUCCCGUUGUGCCAAAAGACACCCCAAAAACUACAUCAGUAAAAUCAAAUGGCCGAACUGCUGGCUCAGCCAAAGAAAGUAAGUUAGAAUUCUUUUUUAGGCGAAUGUCAGGACCAUUUUGCGGAUUGUCCGCACUUUUCACAAUACUGCCAACGAGCAUCCUUCUUCUUCGUAAUGAAGAGCUAUUGUCCACUCACCUGUGGGCAUUGUAAGC